AUGGCGUUAGACCCGAUCACCCCGAGCAAAAGUUUGGCUUUUGAGCUGUCCAGAGCCGGCUACGACGUUUGGUUGUCUAAUAAUCGAGGCUCAGUUUACGGAAAAGGACAUCAAAGUUUAAGCAGUGAAAGCGGUGAUCCGCAGUUUUGGAAGUUCAGCUUUGAUGAGAUUGCCCGCUAUGACGUUCCGGCGGUGAUUGACUACGUCCUCAACCAGACAAAACAAGAAAGCCUUCACUACAUUGGCCACUCUCAAGGGGCGGCCACGAUGUUUGCGCUGCUAUCAGAAACUUCAUCUGUUAACCGGAAAUUAGCUUCAUUUACCGCCAUUUCACCAGUGACCAGACUUGGCAAGGCGUCCACCUCAUUUCAACUGCUGCUCAAAUCUCGCCUUGGUGUCCUCCUCUCGCACAUGCCAACGAGCACUUCCGCUCAAAAUUUGCUCCACUUUGAUCAGCUAUUCAGCACGGGCCGUUUCGCCAAGUUUGACCACGGUCUAGUGAGGAAUCUUCAACUUUACGGAAGUUCACAACCUCCACAGUACAAUCUCACCUCAAUUUCCUUCUCAAAUCCUCUCACCGUAAUUUACUCCGAUAAUGACUGGUUUGUGCCAGUGUCCAGUGUAGAAGCUUUAAGGGAAGACUUGAACUUCACUAACAAGAACUCAAAUGUAGAGUUUUACCUAAUUAGUCGGCCAAAUUCCAACCAUUUGGACCCUUUAAUUGGACGUGAAGUUGCCCUGGAG